UGUACGCUUGAGCCUAUCCACCCGAAUGGCAAGCAUUGUUUCCCUGACUGAAUAUUACUGCUGGCCUUCGCUUCCCAGACCUGCACUUGGAUCGCUGGAUCAAAGUCGGCCCUGUACUGACCCGGAUCAGUGUUGAUCCGCCAGCACUAGCACGAUUUAUUCUUGGUGCUGAUCCCCUCCAGAAACAAGGAGUCGAACAAGACGGGGGAGAAUAGAGGUAAUGAAGUCAGUUUCUCGCUAGAUAUUGAAGUAAAAUAAACUUGAAAAGAGUGGUGCAGUAGUCCCAGUAGAGUGACUGUGCUAUGUGUGUGUGACGUCCAGCUGACCUAAGUCCUUAUUCGUACAGGAUCGCAGACAGACUUUCGGCGCAGAAGACUUAGAAGGAGCCACUAAAUAAUGGAGGCUGCAGCAGCUUCGCGCAGGGAGCCGGGGACUAGCGACGAGAAGAUGGAACUAUUGGACAUUAGGAAAAAUACCAGACCGUGCAGGGGUCUGAAACGUCCCACUGAAAUUGGUCACUUCUCUCUGGAUGACCAGGGUGCCAUAUACAUGGACAGGCGAGAGGCUCGUCGCUGCGUGGAAGUUCCUGGUGGCGAUGUGAGAUCGCUAGCUUGGGAUUUGAACGAAGGAUUUGCUUACUUUCAAUGGAGAGACGAUGAGAACAGCAAGACAGAGCGACUCAAACCAAUCCUGGAAUGGAUCAUGGCAAACGAACAAGUACUGAAAAAGUAUCCAAGGGUGAACUUCGUCGUGCAACGAGGAGUGAUGACAGAUAUCCUGACUGCUCCAUACGAGAUGGAUAAUGAACUUGGCAAAGAGUCUCGUUUUAAAGUGUGCCGGUUUCAGAAUACCGUACACGUGUGUAGAGACAAGGAGUUUCAGUUCACUAGCUUUUCCAGUCAAGGUGAUCAGGAACAGCACCAAACCUACUGGGGGUACCGCUUCGAAGGCUAUAUCACAUCGCAUAUCGAACCAGAAGCGAACGAGCCCAGUCAGCCGAAUAACUCAGCUGGUUUCAACAGCGUCGUACUGACCGGCUUGGGAGAUCACACCUUCCUACUGGCUGCCGAGAUAGACGGUGAGUUGCGUGCAUCAGCUCAGGCACCACCUUUGAACUACGUUGAGCUGAAAACACAUCGGCAGCUGAUCGGUCCUACACACCGUCAGCAUUCAUUUCACCGCCACAAAAUGCUGCGAACGUGGGCCCAAAGCUAUGCUGCUGGUGUGCCAACUGCUAUGAUUGGGUUCCGAGAUGAAAGGGGCAUUGUGCUCAAUGUCAAAAGCUACCAAGUUGCAGAUCUGCCUGGCAUGUGCAAGAACUACUGGAGUAGUUCUGUGUGCCUGAAUUUCGCACAGGACUUCUUUGACUGGCUGUCGAAAUGCAUUGAGGAGACUGACCCUCUGCAGGUGCAGUAUGAAGUCACAUUUCAGCCAGAGCUGAAGAGGAUGACCCUAUGCAGGGUUGAGCUAAGUGACACUGGUCAGGCAAUUCUUACUCCGUCGUUUGUGGACGAAAUGACAGUAGCUGCCGGCGGAGCCAAAUGACUGGAGUAUGACCACAGCAUAAUCACUUGCACGGCGGGUCACAGCUGGUGUGCGGCCAGGAAUACCCAGGUUGCAUGACGGAGGCUUUCAUCUUUUUUUGCUAGUCUUGCUCUAUUUGGCUCACCAGUGUGUGUGCCUUGAUUCGGGCCUUAGACUGAUAAAGGCUCAAGGCAUAUGCAUACAAGUGUGUGGCCGUUUGCAUGCAGCUCUGCUGAGACAAGAACGUAGCCGAGUUAUUCAUUAUUAGAUAGACAGAGGUAGUGUAGUCAAAUUAAUGCUGAUUGUCCGCGACGUUUGUCCACGGCCAGGGGCCAUUUUGUCACAUUCUACCCAUCGACGUCUCUGCAUGACGUUCUCAGAGGCGUUGGACACACUAUGGUCACUACGGUCUUGACUGUACCACUAUUUGCCGCGGGUACCCCCGUGAAUCCAUAAAAAUGCCCUGGUUUGGGCUCUAAAUUUUUCAUCAAAAAACCCGCUUCCUCUACCUCGAGUAUACCUCAGAUGGCGAGCAUAUAGCUUUCUUUUCUUUUCUUACCUUCUUUCCCUUGCUUGGCAGCCCCAUCAUCCACAUAAUCAUUUCUAUGAUUUCCAGCAUUUAACAUAAAUGCAUACAUGGCAAGGUACUUUCGGGCCGAGUUUAAAUCUGGCUUUGGAAAUUUUAUUUUCAAUGCUAUCAGGUUCGGCUUCAUUUUUUCUGUGCUGCGCUGAGGAGUUCACAAAGAACGAAACAGCAUGCUGUCUGCAGAUUGAGUACAUGCAUACAAUCAUGUACAGUGUAUUUUUACUUCUCAACAUGUCUCUUUUAGAGGCGGAGCAACUUUCUUCAGACAGAGCGCACUGGGUCGAAGUUGUCAACAGAUGCAUGACCUCCAUUAAAAUGAUUUGUUUUUUUCAUUAAUUUUGAGCUACAUGUACAUGCACAUGUGUGCGGUGGUAUGUCUAUUAUACAUUGCCUGCAUAGCACUAAACAUAUUCGCAUACAUGUAUGCAUACAUUGCCUGCAGAGCAUUUAUCAUACAUGCAUUUAUUGCAUUGCAUAGUCAUUGCCUGCUCUCUCCCAUGUUCAUUAAUUCUCAUAAUAAUAAUAUCCCAUAACUCCCA